CCACAGCUACUGCAUACAAGCUGUGACGUGCUUUUAAGAUAUAAUGGCAGCAUGCUCUUAAUAGCAGGGAGGGGAUUAUUUAUCAGAGUGGCAGAAGAACUGAGAGGCAAGUCCUGCUGCAGUCCUACGAAGUGCACAGCUGUCAGAUAGACGGAGAAGAGAAAGGGUGUGGGAGAGGAAUCUGCCUCUGCUUCUGAUUGCAAGCUGCAGUGGUUGUGACAUGAUUCUUGGGAGCGCUGGAGUGUGAGUGAAGCUAUUGAAAAGUCAAACAGCUGGGACCGAAUACUAUUGUCCUUUCAAGGGAAGUGCUGUUAUCUGCUGGGCCCACACCUGACCUUAAGCCUAACCCCAAAGCUCUUUGUGAUCCCACCAGGCAGAGAGAACAACUGAUGAGAAAAUGGGCUCUGCAGGGAAGCCUAGCCCUGACACCAUGACAGCUGACAAGUCAGAAGCUGGAGACUUAGCUCUGGAGCCCCUGCUCACUUGCAAGCUAUGUCUCUGUGAAUAUUCCCUGGAUAAGAUGACCACUCUUCAGGACUGCCACUGCAUCUUUUGUACAUCGUGCCUGAAACAGUACAUGCAGCUGGCCAUUCAAGAAGGUUGUGGUUCUCCUAUCACUUGUCCAGACAUGCUCUGUGUGAACCAUGGGACCCUACAAGAAGCUGAGAUUGCCUAUUUGGUACCAGUUGACCAAUUUCAGCUAUUCAAGAGGCUGAAAUUUGAACGUGAAGUCCAUUUGGACCCUCAGAGAACGUGGUGUCCUGCAGCAGACUGCCAAACAGUGUGCUGCAUUGGACCAAAUGAGUUGGGAGUGCCGGUACCAGUGGAGUGCCCAGCCUGCCACCUGAUGUUCUGCUCCUCGUGUAAGGAAGCAUGGCACCCACAGCGCCUGUGCCCAGAAAACCAAGCUCUGGUAACGACGGAGCAGGGAUCACUUACUGGGACUGAGACAGAAGCACCAAUUAAGCAGUGCCCAGUUUGUCGGAUCUAUAUUGAGCGAAAUGAGGGCUGUGCUCAGAUGAUGUGCAAGAACUGCAAGCACACAUUUUGCUGGUACUGUCUACAGAACUUGGAUAAUGACAUCUUCUUAAGGCAUUACGACAAAGGCCCUUGCAGAAACAAGCUAGGCCACUCGCGUGCUUCGGUGAUGUGGAACAGGACGCAGGUUGUAGGGAUCCUCGUUGGACUGGGUAUCAUAGCAUUGGUGACCUCUCCCUUGCUGCUUGUGGCAUCUCCAUGCAUCAUCUGCUGCAUUUGCAAAUCUUGCCGAAGCAAAAAGAAAAAGCACAGCCUUCCUACAACUUAAAAGUCUGUGUCUGUUCGAGCCUGUAUCUGUACGCCAUACGUUUGUGAGAAAGCACAAUGGUUGGAUUUUGGUGCCAUACCUAUCAAAUAGUGCUCCCUUUUUUUUUUUUUUUUUUGGCCAAUUCUUGGGAUAAGUGCCUAUUCUCUACAGGCUACUCUAUCGGUAACAAGUCACAGAGUGGAAAAAGUCUAGAUAAUUGUACAGUACAUAUGGUAUAGGUUUUUGCUUUCUAAAAGAAAAACAUAACACCAUUCAGUAGUUCAUACCGUCAAGUAUGAGCCACCUUUUGCAGGCCCAGUUGUUACUGUCAGGCUUUCUGCUGGUUCUUGGUGGAAGUUAGAUCUCUCUGAAAUUUUGGGAUACAUUUUAUAAGGGGAAAAGGGGAGGCUUGUUGUUCUUCUGCCCACUAGCUCAUCCCAUUAGAGGUAACAAACUGUUAAAAAAAUAUAUUUGACAGUUUUCUAUCAACUGGCAACCAUGGCAUUUCUUUCAGCAUUGAAAUCAAUGGGUUUUAUAUUACCAGUUCCAAUGACAAUUAAAAACCGACAAAACUAUUUAUUAGACAGAGCUGUCUUUUAAGAGACUGGAUUAGCUUGAGAAAGCUGAUGUUUUUUCAGAUCAGACAUGCCAUAUCUACUUUGAAUUAUUAGGAGUAUGCAUAUUUCCCUGCCAUUGGGCAUAUCUUUUGUCAGUAACAUGGGUAGAAACUCAUCAUGAGUCUAAUAUUUUAGGAAAGGCAGCAAUAUAGCUCCUAUUCUGUGCGAUACUGGGACCUUGGUUGUGUGUGUAUACAGUGACCUCAUGGCUGUGGAUGUACAGAGCGCAUAAUGCACAAUUUAUUUUCUAGGCAGUCAGUAUAUUUUUUCAACAGUUUACAUGGGAUGGCAGCAAGAACCCUGUAAUGUUACUCAGAAUGGGAUAAGCAAACCCUUUCUUGGACCCUUCUGGACCUGCUGAUCUAAAUACUUGAGAAAUGCUGUGUAAAUAUCAAUCCAUAGGUGGAUACUUCUUCUGUCCUGCUCAAGGUUAACAACCUGUUACAUAUCAUUUUCAGUUAUUCUGAAUCUGUCAUUUAAUACAGCCUUCAUUUUCAUUUGGUGCCUCACCGUCAAACUGAUUCAGACCCUAGUAUCAGUUACACCUAUAUAAAUUCACUGAAACCUCCCUGAAGAGCUGAAGUUACUUCAGGCUCACUCAGGAGUAGCUGAGGUUGGACUCUGCUCCGCCAUGUUUAUUUCCUUACUGGCAGGUGCUCCACAUAACCCUGGCCAGCGGCGGCUUUUGUCCUGGGCUCCCAGUGCAUUUUAUAUCUGUGGGAACUGAUACGAGUUUGCACUAUGUGAUCAGUUGUAAUUCCAACCCCCUUGUGAUAAGGGCUGCAAUAUUUAAAUGAGAUGCUCAGCCUGAGCACUGUCUCCGGCUCUUCCUCCUCUUGGCUUCCCUCCUGCCUGCACACGGUGCAAGGCACCAGAAGGAUGUUGUGAAGAGCAUCUCUUCUGUUGCGUUUGGCUGAACCUCAGGAACUUUGCCUUCUUGGCAGUCAUAAAUGUGACCUUUCUUUGUUUAACGUCGCCCUCUGGUUCCUGUAACAGAAGUGGUAGAUGUUCUUAUUUUAAGAAAGUGCAGUCUGUUGAGCGGACUAGCAUGGACAAAGGCCUUAAAUGAUAUUGUCUCUUUUGCAUUUAAAUUGAUUUAUUUUAUAGAUGCUGUCUGAUUUUGUUACCAGUGGCGGUGCUCGCCGGUUGGAAAGGCUGUAUUUAUUCUCCAUCCAUAGCCUCUAAAGGAAGCAGAAAGAUAGUACAUUUUAAAUGUAAAGUGCAAUGCAGGCAACUAUGAUUUAUAAUAAGUGGAGAAUGUUUUCUGUA